CUUCUUCUUCCUCCUCCUCGUCCUUUCGAAACCCUAGAGAGGCGAUCGAUCAAUUAGGGCAUGGAUCGGAUCGUCAGGGAAAAGUACAAGCUCGGGCGGAAGAUCGGGAGCGGAACCUUCGGCGAGGUCUAUGAGGCCACCCAGAUCGAUACGUUGGAGCGCGUCGCGGUUAAGAUUGAGAAGGGCAAUAUCAGAAAUUCCACUCUAAUGGAGGAGGCUAGGAUAUACACCAUUCUUCAAGGAAAAAGCGGUAUUCCAAAGAUAUUGUGGUCGGGCACGGAUGGAGAUGACAAGAUUCUCAUUCUUGAAUUGCUCGGUCCGAAUCUUCUAUCUUUAUUGGAGGAAUGUGGUGGACGGUUCACGUUGAGGACAGUUCUAUUGCUGGCAAUCCAGAUGAUUGGAAGAAUAGAGUACGUUCAUUCCAAAGGCUUUUUGCAUAGGGACAUCAAACCUGAGAAUUUUGUUAUGGGUGUUGGUAAGCAAAGAAACCAGGUAUACAUCAUUGAUUUUGGGAUUGCAAAAUCAUAUCUAGAUCCUGCUACCAAUCGCCAUAUUCCAAACAGGGCCUUGAAAAAUGUGAUUGGUACUCCUCGCUAUGCAAGUUGGAACGCUCAUUGCUUAAACGAGCCAAGCCGUAGAGAUGAUUUGGAAUCUUUGGGUUAUGUUCUUAUAUAUCUCCUUAGAGGAAGGCUUCCUUGGCAGGGUAUAAGAGGUCCCACAAACAGCGAGAAGUAUGCCAUGCAAUUCGCUGUGAAGCACACAUUUCUUGAGCUUAUCAUGCCGAUCCCAACUGAGUUAGCGAAUUACUUAGCCUAUUGCGAUGGUCUGGAAUUUGACGAGAAACCCGAUUAUGAUUACUUGAAGCAACUCUUCUAUGACCGAUACUGUUCUGAAGGUUAUAUGUCUGAUAACUACUUUGACUGGACGAGUUUCCAAUAUCAAAAAGCCAGGAGGACAUCAGCUUUGCCUCGGAUUAUUAGGAGAGCACAGUUGCCUCUUCCCGCACUGACUAAUCCCGACGUUCCGAUGAACCACGACGCAAGCUCACAAGUGCAAUCUGAAUCUUCGGCCCCUGUUCACGAUCCUGCAAGCAGUGUCGGCUCAUCAAGCCGUUGGUUUCAUACUUGGCCCUUUAUGAAGGAUGCAGGACAAAAGUAAGCAUGCGUGAAAAAUUCAUUCAUUCUGCUAUGAGGUGUCAUUUUUUUCUGAAGCACUCUUCGGAUGUCCAGAGUUAUACUGCGUUGUUUUUCUUUCCGAUUUCAUUCAUUCUUUUGUACAUAGAUCCUUUCGGCACAGUAUAGAUGUUUGGUAGAAGCCGGAACAAUCAGGUUCUCUCUUAGUUCUUUUUUUCUUUUUGGCACAGUAGUCCUCAAAGUAUGUGGAAAUUACAUUUUAGUGUCUCAUUGUGGUUUGUUAUGCCUAUUAAGUUCUUCUAACAAAGUUAAUCUGGGACUA